GGCCAGAGAGGGCCAGCUUUCAUUCUGAGAGUAGAGACUCAAGCGCGCAGCAGUCAAAUGACUCGAGUAAACAGCACGGACACCCGUAACUGAACAACCCUCUGCAUGCACUCGAAUCAGCAGCAUGCCUCUGUUGAAGACUGACAUUUUCAGAUGAAAAACGAUUAUGCCUCUUUGAACCUGUAAUUACCUGAAAGACAACUUUUUAUCACUUUUUUGUCAUCCCGUUUAGGCUGAUAAAGUUGUGGAUAACUAAAUAAACUGAAGCUGCGCUCCACAGACAUGGAGGAGAUGAAAUCGAGAGGAUCGUCGCAGUCCAGUCGAGGAAGGACUUUUGAGCAUCCCUGCCAAAAGCGCAUUUGGACAAACCGCAAGGACCUGUGCGGUAUAUGCGCGUGCAUUGCACUGUCUUUUAUCUCGUUUGGAUUUUGCGUGUUGCUUUACCUGAGGACGUCCGAUCUGCAAACCAGGCUGCUCAGUUUGGAACAGCAAAGAGAUCCCGGGAUGUCGAGCUGGAUCUCUCUCGAGCAGGUGGAGCCCGUCCUCUGGAGUCGACUAGAUCAGAUUUUAGAUGAGAAAUUAGCACAGCGUCUACCGAAGAUCCGGGCGGCCCGAGAUGCACCCCCGAGCUGCCUCUGUCCACCAGGACCACCUGGUUUGAAGGGAAAGAAGGGUCGUGAUGGGGCUUCAGUGUACCAUAUGCCUGUGUCUGCGAAAUCCACAGACUGCUGCUGUGUAUGGACUGCUAUGAACUGCAUAAGGUUGUGCCCCAUACACAAACUGUCCCCCAUAGAGAUGUGUGAGUAA